AUGAAAUAUAUUAUUUUAGUCAGAGCAUUACCACCAAGAACUCCAAUGAAGGAGUUGGUUGAUUUUUUAAAUAAAGUAAAAAAUUUCUCACACACAAAAACAUUUUUUAAUACUGGUAAUAUAAUUUUAGAUGCAAAUGAUAAAAUGGAUAAAAAGGCAAUAGAUAAAGAGGUUUGUAAUAUUUUAACUGAUAAUUUUAAUAUGAAUAAACCUUUAUUGGCAAUAUUUAAUCUUGAUGAAUAUAAGGACAUUCUUUCAAGUAAUCCAUUUGACGAGCCAGAGAAAUCAGUCAUCUUUUUCCCAAUCAAGACAAGAUUAGAGCAAGAUGAUUUCGAUAAAGAAAUAGAAUCCAAAUGUAAAGUGGUCGAUGGGACUAUAUACUACUUGGGCCCAACCAGCAGCAAAAUUUCUUCAGAGGUCAAGGUAUUUAGAAUUAUAGAUCGUAAAACUAAAACUGGCUCCAAUAAUGAAUAUACUUUUAGAACUUGGAAUUCAUCGCAAAAGAUUUUGGCAUUGGCAAAUAAAGAGUAG